AUGACACAGAGACUAGAACUACCCAAAGGAGGCUUCAAUUUUGAAAAUUAUCAGAGAAAUGUUGCCCUAGAACAACAAGGUCUCAAGCUUCCUACUCCUACAAAGACUGGUACUACUGUUGUUGGGAUAAUUUUCAAGGAUGGCGUUGUUCUUGGAGCUGAUACGCGUUCUACAGCUGGUUCCAUAGUUCAAGAUAAGAAUUGCGAUAAAAUUCGUUAUAUGGCUCCAAAUGUGUAUUGUUGUGGAGCAGGUACUGCUGCUGACACGCAAUUCACUAAUAGUUUAAUCUGUUCGCAAUUGGAGCUGCACAGAUUGGCAACUGGUCGAGAGACCAGAGUAUGUACUGCCUUGACAUUGGUGAAGCAAAUGCUCUUCAAAUAUCAGGGACACGUUAGUGCAGCACUUAUACUUGGUGGGUAUGAUGUAACUGGGCCUAGAUUACUUGCCGUAGCACCACAUGGAAGUACAGAUAAAUUGCCAUAUCUGGUUAUGGGAAGUGGUUCGUAUGCUGCAAUAGCAAUCCUUGAGAAUCGAUGGAAAAAAGAUUUGGAGCGUCAGGAAGCGAUUGAUUUAGUCCAAGAAGCUAUAGAAGCCGGUAUUUUUAAUGAUUUGGGAUCUGGAUCAGAUGUGAAUAUUACAAUAAUUGAAAAAGGCAAAGUUGACAAUAUAAAGGGUUACGCGAGACCAAAUCGACGUGAACCAAAAUGUCGCUCAUAUAAAUUUGCGCGUGGAUCGACUGCGACUCUCAAUUUAAGUGCGGUAACUGUAACUGAAGGGGAUGCGAUGGAUACAUCUUAA